AUGGCUCUGCAGAAGAAACGCGUAAAACCUACACAGUAUCCAUUUUUGCCUUUCCAUCUCGUGCGAAGUACACAGCUGCUCUCGUCGCUUGUCGUAGCAGGCAUCAUCUCCUACUUUCUCCACGAACUUGCGCGUGAUGGGUACAGGCUGCCGUGGACGUUCAUUUUGCUUUUGGUGGCGUCCCUGCUGACCAUUGUGGCCCUCGUGGCUACCAUGCUCCUGCAUGUAUACCACGGUCUUAACCCUUCUGUGAAUAUCGUCGUAAACGCCUCGCUCGCCGUCGUCUGGACCGUGUCGUUUGCCAUGCUCGCAAGGUGGUGUUCAGGCACACUAUCGCACGUCUGCGACACGUCCGGCUGGGGCUCGGACACGGGCGUGAGCAUCUGUAGGCAGUACAAGGCGCUAUUCAGCUUUGCCUUGUUGGGCUUGCUUGUGACGCUGCUGGCCUUGGGGGUAGAUGCCAAGGUGCUCAAGGGCUCGACAAGGAGGGGCCUUUUCCAGCCCGUGGAUGGACGGGCAGCUGAGGACAAAUUUGCCUGCAAUGGCCUACAAGAGCUCGACAUCAAUCCCAAUCCCGUUGCCGUGCGGGCAAGCCAGGCGAGAGGUGGGCAGGGCUACGCGGUGCCCGAUGAGCAAUUCGGAUAUGACGAUUUGGCAUAUCACGGGGCAGCAGGUCACAUUGGUCCGCCGAGCAUGGAGCCAAGGUAG